AUGCCCUCGACAAAUUCAACUACAAACAACCAUGGCACAGGUUUCCUGGGCAAUCUUGAACCCUCAAUCAAAAGAUUCCCAUACCAAGGAAAACGCCAUUUCAACAAGAUAAUGAACCAAGAAUUCAAAAGACGAUUAGAAUCAACCGACCGAAUCGAAAAAUGGAGCGAAUGGGUUCUAUUCACCGAUAUAGAUGAAAAUACCUUCACCCACAACUUCCCAGAAGACAGCGAGCACAAAAUCAACGAUUGGACCACAUCCCCCGCUUCAUACGACAGCUCACUCUGUCUACUCUUAGCCAGGAUAGCUCUUCUCCCACACGAAGUCGCCUCCGGGAGGUUCAGAUGGUUGCUAAUCAGUGCUCUCAUGCCAAUGGGGCUAGGCCGUUGUAUAAGACAUUUUGGAAGCGCCGCGGUCUAUGGCACAGGAGGUGUGAAGCAGCCCGAUAGCUCGUGGGCACCACGUCGAACUGGUGGUAACUUGAGCAAAAUACCCACUGUCGUUCUUGAGGUGGCGCUUUCUGAGACGGAGUCGAAAUUGAGCUCUGAUGUGAGGUUCUGGUUGAAUCAGGUACACGGGGAUGUUAAGGUUGUGCUUACGCUUGAUAUUGAUCGUGAAGGGCCGGGGAUUGUACUUGAGAAAUGGGAGCUACGGGAUGGUUAUCCAAUUCGGACUGCACGAGUUGGUAUAUCUAUGGAUGCUGAUAAACGUGUUAGAGUUGAUGGCCCGUUGGUUAUUGAGUUUGAGAAGUUGUUCUUUCGGCCGGUGGGGGAUGCUAGGGAGGGUGAUAUCGUGACUGAUACGGAUAUGCUUGAAGAGCUUGUCACUGAGAUCUGGGAGAUUCAGGAGUUUGUGGAGGUACCAGAGGGAUGUUAA